AACUGACUGAAGAAGUUAGUGAAGAUUAACUUCUAUCAUUCAAAGCAACCUUCUCUCUUUUUCUCUCUCUCUUCAUACGUAACCAGAGUUGAAUUUACUCCAAUUUAUUUUGUAAUUUCUUAAGCUGAAUUUUACUUUUAUACUUGCGAUGAAUCCCGAAUAUGACUAUCUCUUCAAGCUCUUGCUCAUUGGUGACUCUGGAGUGGGAAAGUCAUGUCUUUUACUCAGAUUUGCGGACGAUUCGUACCUGGACAGCUACAUAAGCACAAUUGGAGUUGACUUUAAAAUUCGUACAGUGGAGCAGGAUAACAAGACCAUAAAGCUGCAGAUUUGGGAUACUGCUGGUCAAGAACGUUUCCGUACCAUUACAAGUAGCUAUUACCGUGGAGCACAUGGAAUCAUUAUUGUUUACGACAUCACAGAUCAAGAAAGCUUCAAUAAUGUGAAACAAUGGCUUAGUGAAAUUGAUCGUUAUGCAAGCAAUAAUGUGAACAAGCUCUUGGUGGGAAAUAAAAGCGACUUAACAGCCAAUCGAGCUGUUCCUUAUGAAACUGCUAAGGCAUAUGCCGAUGAAAUUGGUAUUCCCUUCCUGGAAACCAGUGCCAAAGAUGCUACCAAUGUUGAGCAGGCAUUUCUGACCAUGACAACAGACAUAAAGAAUCGAAUGGCUACUCAACCUGGAGCAGGUGCAGACAAGCCUUCUGGUGUGCAAAUUCGUGGCCAACCUGUCAACCAAAGCUCUAGCUGUUGCUCUUAAUUGGCUACAGUCAGCAUAAAGAUCACACCUCAGCUUAUUGAUUAGCAAUGUUUACUUGUACAUAGAAAAGAAUCUGAACUUUAUAUUGGUUCUUAACUAAGGGCUCCUACAUAAAACAGAAAAUUGUCCAAACAAAACGUAUUUUCAAAGAUUUAAGUCACCCUUCCUGUAAUUUGUGAAUGCUGCAUUCUUGAGAUUUCUUUUACUAUGUAUUCGUCUAUUUCCCCAUGUUUCAGUAGGCAAUAAAAUUUGGGUCGAGCCCUCUAGAUGAACUUCACAUUUCA